AUGACUGGUGACCCAGAAACGUGGUUCGCGCACCAAUGGGCUCAACAAAUCGGCAGGCACUACGCCAACCGCGAGGCAGCUGAAAACGGCCGCCCCAAGGCGCAGACGAAGACGAGGGAGCAGAUCGCGCUGCUGGAGUACGCCUUCGCCACGACUUUCGGCUACCCUUACACUGGAGAAGUCCUCUCUCUGGCCAUCCUGACGGGCUUGCAGGUUAAGCAGGUCAAGUCGUGGUUCGAGAAUCAGCGUAAAAAGCGCGCUGAAGACAACGAUUUACUUGCGCUGCAGCAACCAGAGAUAUUCGGCAUGAGAGGCCAGGAGACGAAAGACGCCGCGGCGAUGGUGCGGCAGUAUAACAAGGAUCCUAAGGGAUAUGCGAGGUCGCUCGUAAUGUGGGACCGGUGCGUGCGGACUGGGCAACCCGGCCCGUUUGAGGAACUGCAGUGCCCGCGGCCCUACUUCAAGAAGUACUGGACGCGCAUGUUCCCUGAGGACGGGCAUGAGCGCAGCCUGCUGGAGGUCACGCAGGAACUAGAGGACAGUGACGAUGACAGCAUGGCCAACCUGACCGAGGAAGAGAUAAACGAUAUGUCGGUGCAGUCAGAGAUUGAGGAGCGGCAGUACAAGAGGAACCAGGAAGAGCUCGAAGCGCAAGACGAGAAUGAAAAGUAA